AUGCAAAUGAUUGAGAAGAAAAUCGUUCCCGAAUGGCCUCCUUUGUUCAAGAAGCGUGAAAUUCAAGACAUGGUUCACGGUCCCAUUUCCUUGUUCCAUCCACUCGACCAAGUGGUAGAUACAAGAGAAUUUCAACGAUUGCGUGAACUAAAACAACAAGGUGUCUCUUACUUUGUGUAUCCAUGUAGCACACAUAGCCGUUUUGUGCAUAGUUUAGGAACUUAUUGGUUAGCAUAUAAAUUUGUGGAGUCCCUCAAACGGGAUACUUUCCUGAAAAUCAAUAGUCAGGACCAUCUGUGCGUUUGUAUGGCAGCACUCUGCCAUGACCUAGGGCACGGUCCGUUUUCGCAUGUUUUUGAUGGAGCUUUUCGCCAUGCGUCUGGAACUGCAACUCAAUCAGAGUUUUCGGAUUCGGACGGCAAUUGGCUGCCACAGGGUCGACCAGUAGAGAAAGCGUUUCUCUAUGACAUAGUUUCGAAUAGCAGUGAUUCGAUUGACGUAGACAAAUUUGAUUAUCUUGUAAGAGAUUCCUUUCAUGCAGGAAUACCCAUUCCAUUUAACAAGGUAGCUGAUAUUCUUUUAUCUGUGGGAGAUUCACGACAGAUGAUGCACAAUCUGGUUUAUCGACAUCGAGUUGUAUGCGCCAUUGAAACCUUGGUGGUGAAAGCAAUGAUUUUGUCUGACGAGCACAUCAAAUACAUGGGAGAUGAUGGAAAAGAGUACAAUUUAUCAAAAGUAACACAAAAUUUAGAGGCUUAUCUAAAGACUACAGAUGCUGUAUUGAGAGAAAUUGCAAAUUCAUCUAACCCUGAAAUUAGUGAAGCGCGGAAAAUUCUGGAAGACAUUCAUCGUAGAAACAUUCCAGUCAUGAUUGCGGAAGUAGAGUGUGGACCAUCCCGUGCUGAGUCGGGGUCUGCCCUGCAGAAUCGGAUUAGUCAGAGCCUCCGAGAGGAACUUGAUGCGUUUUACGAUGAAAAGAACAUUAUGGUUCUGGUUCGAGAGAUGAACCGUGGAUUGGAUGGUAGAACUCAUCCUAUGACUAGAAUUUUGUUAUAUGAUAACAAGGUCAAUGAUAGAAUUGCUCAGCCUGUCAGCGACGAGUGGCUUCGUCUAAAAGCUCCACAAGAAGCUGCUGUCUGGUCCAUCUGUUUGUACGGGUCUCGCUCUAUGAUUAAUGAAGAAAGAUCAAUAGCGGUUAAUGCUUUUGACGCUGUUGUGGCAAGAUUCGGUUUACGAGCACCAGAACUUGAAAUGACCGCGGUCGACAGAGGUUACUGUCCCAAUGAGUGUAUGGGAAGAGGAAUAUGUUUGGAGGUAGAUGGACAAUUUCGAUGCCUCUGCGAUGAAGAACUAGACAACUGCGAAGGAUCUCCUGCUAAACUGGUAUUUGAUCCUGGUUAUUGGGUCCCUGUUGGAAGUAUUGUUGUGCUGUUGAUUUUUGGGCUCGUCACAAAUCUUCUGAUUCACUGUGCGUUAGUUCGUCGUCGUCGACGUCCAACGUCGUCACCGGAGCUCACCACACACAUUCCUUUGCACAGUUCGGCUUUAACGUUGCCAUUGGGUCCUGAAUUUGAGGAUAUUCCAUUGUAA